AUGGAUCUGCCCCAGGACCAGCGCUCGGAUUGGGGCUCAGUCCAUCCCAGCGUCUCCUCCCUGCUGCAGCAUGACGCCUCUCAGCAAACCAUCAACCACACCUCCAACCUGCACGGCUCUCUCAUGCUGCCCCCAACCUUCAGCUCCCCAAUGGCCCCCCUCCAUCAACCUCUGCCCUCUCUGCUCCCCUCCUCCUUCAUUCCAUACUCUGUCCUCAUCCCCUCCCCUCUCCUCUCCACCACCUCCCCCCUGUCCUUUCGACAAACGUCCCCUUCGGUCGACCAACCCUCCUCGUCCUCCUCUCUUUUGUCCGCGUCCACCUUUUCCUCUAAUGACCUGUCGGACCUGGAGAGCAUGUUGCUCUGGACGCUCCACGAGCCCAGCACCAUCGCUCUGACCGUCAUGUACUGCCUCUCCUUCAUUUUGGGAAUCAUUGGGAAUUUAAUGUCCCUGCGCGUCCUCACCAACAGGCGCAACCGACGGCUCGCCAGCGUCAGUGCCACGCGCAGCCUGCUGGUCAACCUGGCGGUGUGCGACCUGGCCGUGGUGUGCGUGUGCAUGCCCAUCACGCUCGGGAGCCAGAUCUACACGGCCUGGGUGUAUGGCGACCUCCUCUGUCGGGCCGUGCCCUUCACGCAAGCCGUCUCGGUGUCAGCCAGCGUGCUCACGCUGACGGUGAUCAGUGUGAACCGCUACUACAGCGUCCAGUCCCCGCUGCGAGCUCGCUCCUUGUUCACCCGCCGCCGAAUCCUGGCUACCGUGGCCGUGGUGUGGGUGGUGUCCUCGAUCAUGUGCGCCCCCAUUGCCGUGAUGAACCGGCGGCGGGAGAUCAGCUUCGGGACGUUCGCCAUCUUGGUCUGUCAGGAGGAGUGGCCUCAGCAUCGCCUUAAACAAGGAUACAAUGUGCUGCUGUUCAUGAUGCUCUACUGCUUGCCAGUGACCUUUAACCUCAGCAUAGGCUUCCUGACCGGGAGGCGGCUUUGGGGAGGAAAGAAAUCCACUUUCGGGGAUCUGGAUCCUCGCAGCCAAGCUCUGCACAACUCGCGCCUCAAGACGCGGCAGAAGAUCGCCAAGAUGGUGGUGUGCCUGGUGCUGCUGUUCGCCAUCUCCUGGCUGCCGCUGUACUUGGCCGACCUUUGGAUCGACUGCGAGCAGAGGCCGCCCUCUUGGCUGCUGCAGACGCGGCCGUUCGCCCAGUGGCUGGGCCUGACGAACUCCAGCCUUAACCCCAUCUGUUACUGUUUCAUCGGGGAUCUGUAUCGCUCAGCGAGGGUCAUACGGACGCGGUACUACCAGAAGGUCGCCGCUAUCUUUGGCUCCUCCUCGUUCACCAGCACCGCUGCAGUGGGCUCCUCUGCCGCAGUGAUUAAAGAAACCAAAGUGACUGCCGCUGAGCACCGCCAUAUUUCUGCUGCUGCUGUUGCAGCGUCUGCAUCGAUGGUGACGAUCCCCAGGCUGUUGAGCUUGGCUCGAGGCCAGGGGCUGGGGCAGAGGGUCAGAGACAGUUCAGACAGCCGAGCAGGAUCCGACCACAGCAUCUCGGACUGGUGUCGGUCCAGUCCCAGUCUGUGGGACAGCUCCUUGUUCCCCUGCCAGCUGGAAACACUGCAGCACUCAAUACAAAGGGCAGAGUUCCUGCCCACAAGAAGACACUCAGUGAAUGAGAACGCCGGAUCGUUAACUUUACAAAUCGAGUCGUUGGAAAUAGACAUGCUGCCUCUGAGGAGUCAUUCCGGAGACAGAAUACAUCGUCUCACGGCCGAUAGGAGAGACACCAUCACCAUGGGAAGAGACGCUCUCUGUUCCACUGGGCAGUACAAAAGAAAAACAUCAGAGACCUACUCCCUGGUAGGAGACAACGAGGAUGAAAUAACCGAUAUGACCAGCCUGUGA